ACCAAACCAAGCGGGGGAAAUGUCUGUGACGUCGGAAAGCAAUCAAAUAGUUCGUGGAUGUUAGCGAAACAUUUGCUGGCUGAACUUCAGGUUGAUCCACUGUGAACAAGCGAUGUCCGCCAGACUAUUACUCGGAUCUCCAGUUCGAAGAUGUCUGUUGCCGAUCAGCCAUGUUACACGUUGAUCAAUGUUCCCAUGGAUGCGGAACCUCUGUCAGAGAUGCAGUUACGACAAGAAUUAGAGAAGGGUGAUGCCAAGUCGAAGAUUGAGGCUCUGAAGAAGACGAUACAGAUGAUUCUCAACGGGGAGAAGAUGCCGUCACUGCUAAUGACAAUAAUCCGCUUCGUGAUGCCCAUGCAGGACCACACGAUCAAGAAGCUGCUGCUCAUCUUCUGGGAGGUUGUGCCCAAGUACACGGCAGACGGCAAGCUGCUGCAGGAGCUCAUCCUCGUGUGUGACGCGUACCGCAAGGAUCUGCAACAUCCAAAUGAGUUUAUUCGUGGAUCAACCCUAAGGUUCCUGUGCAAGCUGAAAGAGCCGGAACUUGUUGAACCCCUCAUGCCAGCCAUCCGCCAGUGUCUCGAACACAGACAUUCCUAUGUGAGACGUAACGCGGUUCUUGCUAUAUACACUAUCUAUAGGAAUUUUGAUUUCUUGAUCCAGGAUGCACCUGAGCUAAUUGCUAAUUUUCUCGAUGGGGAACAAGACAUGUCGUGCAAGAGAAACGCUUUCAUGAUGCUCAUUCAUGCUGACCAGGAGCGAGCCCUGAAUUACCUGAGUAGCUGUAUCGACCAGGUGACAUCGUUUGGCGACAUCCUUCAACUGGUUAUUGUUGAGCUCAUCUACAAGGUGUGUCACGCCAAUCCCUCCGAGCGAGCGCGGUUUAUCCGGUGUAUCUACAACCUCCUGAACUCGUCCAGCCCAGCGGUGCGCUAUGAAGCAGCGGGAACUCUCGUCACCUUGUCAAAUGCCCCUACAGCCAUCAAGGCAGCUGCGACCUGCUACAUUGAGCUGAUUGUUAAAGAGAGUGAUAACAACGUCAAGCUGAUUGUCCUCGACAGACUGAUAGCCCUCAAGGAGGUGCCAGUUCACGAGAAGGUUCUACAGGAACUGGUGAUGGACAUUCUCAGAGUGCUGAGUGCGCCGGAUCUCGAGGUCCGCAAGAAGACGCUCGCACUAGCCCUGGACCUGGUUACGUCACGAUCCAUUGAAGAGAUGGUUCUGGUGUUAAAGAAAGAAGUUGUCAACACCAAUAAUGUAGAACACGAAGACACCGGAAAGUACAGACAGUUGCUGGUCCGCACACUUCACCAGUGCAGUGUUAAGUUUCCCAAUGUGGCUACCACGAUCGUACCUGUGCUGAUGGAGUUCCUGGGCGACCAGAACGAGCUAGCGGCGGCCGACGUGUUGGUGUUUGUCCGCGAGGCCGUCCAGCGCUUCGAACAGCUGCGAGUUCUCAUCAUCUCCAAGAUGCUCGAAGUCUUCCCCACCAUCAAGUCCAUGAAAAUCCACCGAGCCGCGAUGUGGAUUCUAGGUGAAUACUGUACAAGUGUUGAAGACAUUCAGCUCGUAAUGACUCUCAUCAGACAGUCGCUUGGAGACAUUCCAAUAGUUGAUGACGAAAUUAAAAAGGCUGCUGGUGACAUUAAAGAUGAUGAAAUGCAAGCUGGGGGUGCGGUGCAGAGACUUGUGACGGCGGAUGGUACAUAUGCCACACAGAGUGCGUUCAGCACCACCACUCCUACCAAGAAGGAAGAACGACCAUCUCUACGACAGUACCUCCUGGAUGGCGAGUUUUUUAUGGGAGCUGCAUUGGCCACCACUCUGACGAAAUUAGCGCUUCGGUAUAUCAAUCUCAUUGAGGAUACCAAGAAACAAAACGCUUUUGUUGCGGAAUCCAUGCUAAUCAUGGCAACUAUUAUUCAUCUUGGCAAAUCGGGUUUACCCACUAAGCCCCUGACUGAUGACGACCUUGACCGGAUUGCUGUGUGUUUGCGUGUGCUGGCUGAGAAAACUGACCUGAUGCACGAGAUUUUUAACACCGACUGUCGCGGGUCACUGUCACUCAUGCUGGCUGCCAAGAUUGAUGAGGAGAAAGCACAGCAGGAGGCUGCCCAGAAGAAAGUUGUACGUGUUCAGGCGGAUGACCCAAUAAAUUUCUCUCAACUCUUUAACCGAUCUGAUCUCGGACAAGGAGAGAAUCUAUUUGAACUGACCCUUUCCCAAGCCCUCGGCAUGAGUUCCAAAAAAGAGAGUGAUCCUAUGGGAGCAUCCAAGCUGAACAAGGUGACCCAACUGACUGGGUUUUCUGACCCAGUGUAUGCAGAGGCAUAUGUGAAUGUAAACCAGUACGACAUCGUGUUGGACGUUCUCAUCGUCAACCAGACCUCAGACACACUACAGAACCUCACACUGGAGCUGGCUACUUUGGGUGAUCUAAAGUUGGUGGAGAAGCCACAACCCCUAACAAUGGCUCCCCAUGACUUCUGUAACAUUAAAGCAAAUGUCAAAGUUGCUUCCACGGAAAAUGGAAUAAUUUUUGGCAAUAUAGUGUAUGACGUCAGUGGAGCGGCCAGUGAUCGUAACUGCGUAGUUCUAAACGACAUCCACAUCGACAUCAUGGACUACAUCGUGCCAGGUGACUGCACAGACACAGAGUUCCGCCAGAUGUGGGCAGAGUUUGAGUGGGAGAACAAGGUGGCCGUGAACACAAACAUCCUCGACCUGUACCAGUUCCUGGAGCACGUGAUGGGCACCACCAACAUGAAGUGCCUCACGCCAGAGAAGGUAGCCAUCACAAAUGCUAUUUCAGGGAAUUGUGGUUUUAUGGCUGCUAACCUGUAUGCCCGAUCAAUAUUCGGGGAGGACGUGUUGGCCAAUCUGAGCAUUGAGAAACCAGCUCACCUUGGCAAAGAUGCCCCAGUUCAAGGACACAUCCGAAUCCGAGCCAAGAGUCAGGGUAUGGCUUUGAGCAUGGGAGACAAAAUAAACCUUUCUCAGAAGAAAUCUGGCAAAAACUGAGAUUAGCUACUUCCUUGGAUUUCAACAAUUUAUUAAAGUUCUAUUCCGAACAGAGGCCAAGUGACAUAUGCUUUCUUAGGAAAGAGACUCCCAGAUGUUGUAUCGGACAAUGUGACAUAGUGUAUGUGUACAUGUUUAGUCUGGACACUCGGACUGCUAAUUAAAUUGACUUUAUAUUGUUGAAUUUUAAAACUCUUUUACAAUUUCUUUAGUGGUUAAUGUGGUCAUAUUGUAAUUUAAAAUUGUUUAUUGGUUACCGGUAUUGAUAUUUAUGUCAAUAAAUGUUAAAUAUACCACUAUUUGUUAAACAUUAUCAACUAGAAAACCCACCAAAGCAAAUGUUUUAAAAACAUAAUAUUUAAACGCUGAUUUAAUUUUAAAAAAUUAAAAAUGUAUAGUAAUUAAUUGUCAAAAAUAUUCAUAUAAACAUGGCUGCUAUUGUCAUUAGUCUAUCACAUUUUAUCCUUAUUGUGGGCAAGAUUUCCAUUUGGUUUGUAUAUAUUAAAAGUCAAUAAAAGGAGAUGUACUGUA